UCGCUUUUGAAAUGAAAGAAGUGGCUCGGCCACUUUUUUUAAACUUGAUGGCCGAGAGCAGGGUUCUGCGUCUCGGCCUUCCUCGUUCGGUUAUAAAAACCGAACGAGAACAUUCAAACUCCAAAGUCUAGAUUUCUUAAAUUCAAUAGAGCUCUGAGGAGUAACCAGAGAAGGAAAAAUUUGAGAGAUAGCCCACAAAUUUAGGAGGAGGUCCUUCCCAAAAAAUCCAGCGGAGACUAUUUGAGGUGUGUUUUUUUUGUCCUAUGUUAUUUCAUUAAUUUUGUUAAUAAGUAGCUUAAAAAAAUAGUUUAUAAAUUGCUUAAAAAAUAAGAUCAUGCGAAAAUUUAUUCCAUUAGCUUAAUUUUUUGAUAUGUUGUACAUUUAUAAUAGAAAUGGAGUCAUCAAGAAAAACGAACCCUACAAAGCGUGAUAUUAGCUGGUCUUAUGGGCGAAGACUUGGAAGAGAGGGGCAACGGCACCAGUUUCAAUGUACCUUUUGCGACAAGGUUUUCAAGGGAGGAGGGGUAAGCAGGUUGAAGCAACACUUAGCCGGAAAUUCCGGUGAGGUUGCUACAUGCCAAAGAAGGAAAGGAGAGGGCUUCCAAAAAGAGGGCGGAGGUCGAUCACCGAGCGGCAGAGCCACCUUCCUAUCACUCUAGGGAGCCAGAGGAGGUUGAAGAUCUAGAUGAGGAGGAGGCAGAUAUUCGGACGGCCAUGCAGGCAAGUCGGGAUAAUCAGUGGCAGCAGGAGGAGGUGGCCAGGCAUAGGGCUCGAUUUGGGCUCUCUGCAUACGAGUCGGGCGGCGGUUUUGGGAGCACUAGACAAGAUCCAGAGUUUUUGAGGACAACUUCAGUCAAGAAGAGCAUUGGUAAAGAACGUGGCCGGAUUGCAUCUAUGCUGGGUAGUUUUGCUAGCCGAAAGAAGUCAUUUAGAAAAAUUCCACAAGGAGCGACAAUUCAUGAUGUAGAUCCGCAUGCUCUCCCCAGUAGAGAUUCAAGGCAGCAGAGGGUAGACACAAUGUGGAUGAAGGAUAAGAAGAAAAUUAUGUGGCGAGCUAUUGGAUCCCGGUUUCACUUCAGCCACAUCCCAGCGAAUGUAGCAGACAAUACGUACUACAGGUCUGCCAUUGCAGCCAUACAAGCUGUAGGUCCCGGUGUAGUUCCUCCAAGCCCGAAGAACAUCUACGGUGAGCUUCUUGACAACAAUAAGGAGGAGCUGGAGAAUUGGAUGGACUCCUACAAGAGCAAGUGGCCCAUAUAUGGACUAACCAUCAUGUGCGAUGGUUGGACCGGUCCGACCAGGCGGAGCAUCAUCAACUUUCUGACAUACUGUGAUGCGAAGACCUUUUUCCACAAGUCGGUUGAUGCUUCGGCUUAUGUGCAUAACACCGCGUGCAUGCUGAAACUUAUGGAGGAUGUGAUUGAUCUGGUAGGAGAGGAGAAUGUCAUGCAGGUCGUCACUGAUAAUAGGCCGCAAUAUAAGGCUGCAGGGCAGAUCUUGAUGGAGCGGCGACCACAUAUUUUCUGGACCCCAUGUGCAGCACAUUGUAUCGAUCUCAUGCUGAUGGAUAUUGGAAAGAUCCGUAGGGUGCAGCAAACGGUGGAGACAGCCCAACGCAUCACCAGGUAUGUUUAUAACCAUAAUUGGAUCCUUUCACUGAUGAGAAAGUAUGCAGGGGGAGAGAUUCUGAGACCAGGAGUCACACGGUUUGCUACCAACUUCAUCGCACUUGAUAGCAUUCUCAAGAAGAGAGGAGCCCUACGUCAGAUGUUUGCCAGUCCCAAGUGGCAUGAUAGUAGAUAUUCUUAUGCCAGCACUGAAGGGAGCAAGAUACAAGACUUGGUGACGAGACAGUCAUUCUGGCAGCGGGCUACUACAAUAGUCAAGGCUAUCAAACCAUUAUAUGAAGUGCUGCGGGCCGUAGUUAGAGAGAUCUAUCCCCAUAUGGGGUUUUUGUAUCACAUAAUGGUCAAAGCAAAGGAUCAGAUUAUGGAGGCAGAUCCAGCGCAUGGCCAGUCGUACAUCAACAUCAUUGAGCACCGGUGGGGAGCGCAAAUGGGUAAGGAAUUGCAUCUAGUAGGUAAGCUAAGAUAUAAUUAUAGUGACAAUUAUAGUGAUGGAUGUACUUAUAUAAUUAUGCUAAGAUAGUCUCGUAUAUAUGCAGCAUACUACCUAAACCCCCGGUUUCAGUACAGCAUAGAUGGAAUUGGUAUGGAUGAAACACUUCUGGAUGCUUUGCGUAAUGUGAUUUACAAGAUGGAGCAUGAUCCAGAAAAAGCGGCCCUAUGUCUUGAAGAGGUAAUUAUGAUUUAGUAAUUACCAGCAUGUGUAAGUAUACCGGCAUCUUCAAUUAUUAACAUGGUAGAACAUGCUUCUUUUUUACAGAGCAAAUUAUUUAGAGAGGACAGCUACAGUUUUGGCCAACGAGCGGCUGUCGUCAGCAAACACAAUAUGAAUCCAGCUGAAUGGUGGGUGCAUUUUGGCGGAUCCGCGAGAAAUCUAAAGCGGAUAGCUAUCCGGAUCCUCUCCCAAACAGUCUCCUCUAGUGGUUGUGAGUGCAAUUAGUCCACCUUCGCCCUUAUCCACAGCAAACAAAGAAACUGUUUGACACAAAAGCGCCUCAACGAUCUUGUUUAUGUGCACUACAAUCUGCGGUUGAGGCUAAAGUGCAUUCAGGAGGAAGUGGAGCUCAAGUAUGCAGAUCCGAUUUACGGAACCUUCACCGAUGAUGACGAUGAUCUACUACUUGGCUGGCUUGUAGGCCAGCAGCAGGACCUCGAGCUUGACGAGCCAGGAUCGCCUCCACGACCAGCUAGCUUCAUAGCCACCGAAGCUAGGAUCGAUCCAGAGCAAUGGGUUGAGCGCAAUAUUCCACGCACUUACAGAGCUGAUCAGCCGCAGGCACAGGGGAGCCAGUCACCACAUGCUUGGUACGAGACACCCUCCGAGAGAGCUGAUCGAGAGAUGCUCGGCAGAGAAGGGCGACAUAGCCAAACAGAGAGGGCCAAGAAAGAAAAACAAAGGGUCCCAAUGGAGAGUGUCGAGGAGACUUGGACCAGCAGUGAUAAAGGUUCUGGUGGUGACGGUUCUUCUAGCCAUGGAAGGAGCGGAGGACAGUAUGGUAUUUAUGAAACACAGCCGGAGGGUGGUUUUUAUUUCACCAGUGAGUCCCAAUUUAUGGGUGCUACACAGGAUACAGACCACGUCGACCACCUGAUAGAUUCCGUGAGGAUAUCAUUGAAUAUAGAAGAUGGGCUCCUCGAGGUCGUUCAGGAAGAGGAUAUGGCUGCAGAUGAGCUCGCAUACGGAUACGGAUUCUAUUAUCCACAGCCUCAGCCUGACGAAUAUGGAUAUGGUGCAUCGGAUUUUGCUUCCGCCAUAUUUGGAUGGGCCCCUACACAAUCAGAGGACACCUCUCAAAGCCAGAACAUGAGCGAGAGAUCCGACAGUUCUUAUAACCUAGCAUGUGUUCCUUCUGAUUGGGUUAAUUUGCCUCCUCCUGACUAUACUUAUGAUCCGGAUAUCUACGAGAGCCAUCGGCACUCGUCCCGAUUUUAGAUAUCCGAGAGUGCUUUAAAUGUAUGUAAAUGAUUGUAUCUUAAUUUGA